AGGCACCAACCACCAAACUUUGGGUUCUCUCUCAUUCUACAACGGGAACACAGGAAAAGGUCCAGAAGCAACCUUUCCUUGGCUGCCAUUAUGGCUUCCUUCUCCGAAAGCGAUCAUCAACAGAUUCUGGUGGAGCGUAAAUCCCAUGCGAGAGUUCUGACCCUAAACAGGCCUAAGCAGUUGAAUGCCCUCUCUUUUUAUAUGGUUUCACGUCUGCUUGAAGUUUUUACUGAGGAUGAGGAAAAUUCUGAUAUUAAAUUGGUUGUCGUGAAGGGAAAUGGAAGGUCUUUUUGUGCUGGUGGUGAUGUGGCAGCCGUUGCUCGAGAAGGAAGUAAAGGUGACUGGAAGAGUGGUGCAAAAUUUUUUCGUACUGAAUAUACAAUGAAUUACGUUAUGGCAACAUAUAGUAAGCCCCAGGUUUCCAUUCUUAAUGGAAUUGUCAUGGGAGGUGGUGCUGGUGCUUCUGUACAUGGAAGAUUUCGUGUUGUUACAGAGAAUACGGUCUUUGCAAUGCCAGAAACAGCUUUGGGUUUAUUUCCUGAUGUAGGUGUGCCAUAUUUCUUGUCAAGACUGCCUGGCUUUUUUGGAGAAUAUGUUGGUCUUACAGGUGCUAGGUUGAAUGGUGCAGAAAUGCUUGCUUGUGGUCUUGCAACACAUUUUGUUCCUUCAUCGAAAUUGUCUUUAUUGGAAGAAGCAUUAUGCAAGGUAGAAACUAGUGAUCCAAAUGCAGUGUCUGCUAUUAUCGAUAAGUACUCAGAGCAACCUUUCCUAAAAGACGACAGUGUUUAUCACAGGAUGGAUGUGAUCAACAAGUGCUUCUCAAGAAAAUCAGUCGAGGGAAUAAUAUCUUCUCUCGUAAGUUGUGAGAUAGAAGCUACAAGUAAGGCUGAUCAUUGGAUUUCUGAAACUGUUCAAACCUUAAAGAAAGCAUCUCCAACAAGCCUUAAAAUCUUUCUUAGAUUGAUUAGAGAAGUUCGGCUCCUAGGUAUUGGUCCAAGCCUUGUUCUUGAAUAUAGAAUUGUUUGUCAUAUUCUAAAAGGACACUACAGCAAGGAUUUCUUUGAGGGUUGUAGGGCUAUACUUUUAGAUAAGGACAGGAACCCCAAGUGGGAACCUUCCAAAUUGGAGCUUCUCAGCGAUAGUGAUGUCGACCGUUACUUCUCCAAACUCGAUGAUGAAGAAUGGGAAGAAUUGGAACUUCCUAAAAGGUUAAAAAAUCUGCCUACAUAUGCUAUUGCAAAGCUGUAAAGCAUAAAAGUUCUCAUAUUAUCAAGCCAAAAGUAUUGACGACAACUGUCACACCAAUCAAUGGAUUCUCGAAUGUUUCAAUAUUAUGUGGCAGUUUAUGUAUAGUCACCGUUGCAAUUGAUAAGAUUUUAAAAUAUUAAGGGAUUGCAGAACAUACAAUUAAUUAUUAAGAGAAAAGUUGCAAUGCAACUAUGGGAGAGGAGAUAAAGACUCUGUAGACAAAUUAAUAAUUAAUAAGGGUCGAGAAGACAAUAACUUUGGUGGAGGUUGUUUCUUCUUACACUUCCUUUUUUUCU